AUGGCGUCACUGCAACAGUCGCCGCCUGCUGCUCCAAUGUCCAACAUGGCAGAGGCCAGCGGCAGCGGCCGCGACCGAAGCGGCAUGAUGAACAAGAGGCUCACCGCUGCUAGCCUUAGCAAUCGCAACACCAACCGCUACUCGGUCACCGCGCUCUACUCCAUGGCUGCAGAGCAGGACGUCGAAGUCGAGGACGACCUUGCCCGCGCACAGAAGCGCCUGCGCGAGCUCAAGGGCCGCAUCUCGGCCCAGUCCAAGAAGAACUUUGUCCUCGAACGCGACGUCCGCUACCUCGACAGCCGCAUCGCCCUCCUCAUCGCAAAUCGCAUGGCCCUCGACGAACAGUCCGAAGUCGCAUCCACCCUCGAAGAGACCGACUCCUCCGCCGUCGCAACCGCCCUCGACGACCGCAAGAUGCAGCAGUACGGCAACCUCUUCUUCCUCCUCCAGUCCGAACCCAGACACAUCGCCGCCCUCUGCCGUCUCGUCAGCUUGGCAGAGAUCGACACCCUCCUCCAGACCGUCAUGUUCACCCUCUACGGAAACCAGUACGAGAGCCGCGAAGAGCAUCUCCUCCUCACCAUGUUCCAGUCCGUCCUCUCCGCACAGUUCGAGACCGCCACCGAAUUCGGAUCGCUCCUCCGCGCAAACACGCCCGUAUCCCGCAUGAUGACCACCUACACCCGUCGCGGUCCAGGUCAGUCCUACCUCAAGAGCGUCCUCGCAGAGCGCAUCAACAGCCUCAUCGAACACAAGGACCUCAACCUCGAGGUCAACCCUUUGAAGGUGUACGAGCAGAUGAUCAACCAGAUCGAGGAGGACACCGGCAGCUUGCCACCCAACCUUCCGCGCGGCGUGCCCGCCGAAGUGGCCGCAGAGAACGCCGACGUGCAGGCCAUCAUCGCGCCCAGGCUCACCAUGCUCAUGGAGAUCGCAAACAGCUUCCUCUUGACCAUCAUCAACUCCAUCGACGAGGUGCCCUACGGUAUCCGCUGGAUCUGCAAGCAGAUUCGCAGCCUCACCAAGCGCAAGUACCCCGACGCCACCGAGUUCGCCAUCUGCUCCCUCAUCGGCGGCUUCUUCUUCCUCCGCUUCAUCAACCCGGCCAUCGUCACGCCACAGGCCUACAUGCUCGUCGACGGCCCGCCCGCCAAGCAUCCGCGCCGCACAUUGACGCUCAUCGCAAAGAUGCUCCAGAACCUCGCAAACAAGCCCUCGUACGCAAAGGAGCAGUACAUGAUGUCGCUCAACCCCUUUGUCGAGAACAACAAGACGCGCAUGAACGCCUUCCUCAACGCACUCUGCGACGUCGGCGACUUUUACGAGACGCUCGAGAUGGACCAGUACAUGGCGCUCUCCAAGAAGGACCUCCAGAUCCAGAUCACCCUCAACGAGCUCUACAACACCCACUCGCUCGUCGCACAGCACCUCGAGAUCCUCGCCCCCAACGACAAGCACCACCUCCGCAUCCUCAUCGACGAACUCGGCGCCUCGCCCGGUCAGGUGCCGCGCAAGGAGAACCGCACGCUCGACCUGCCCCUCUUCUCGCGCUGGGAGACGCCCAUCCAAGACCUCACCACCGCCUUCAUGUCCGAGAACAACGUGACGCAGAACGACAUCCUCUACAUGGAGACCAAGUCGAUCUUUGUGCAGCUGCUGCGUUCCAUCCCCACGCUCGCCGAGAAGCGGCCCAUCAACCUGCCGCAGAUCGCCGAGCGCGCCGCCACCACCAAAGACGCCACGCUCGUCCGCAAGGGCAUCAAGGUCAAGGAGAUGCUGCGCGAGCUCGAGGAGCUCAAGGUGGUGGAUCGCCGCGACGGCUACAGCCUCAUGACCGACGAGGUGGCCACCGAGCUCACCCACCUCGGCAACAUGCGCGAAAAGGUGAUGCAGGAGAUGCGCAGCCUCGAGGCCGUGUACAAGACCAUCUGCGAGCACAACAACUACAUGCGCAGCCAGCUCGACACCUACAAGAGCUACCUGCAGAACGUGCGCAUGACGAGCGGCAGCGCCAAGGACAAGAGCGCCGGCGGCGUCGGCGUCAUCUCGGUGGGCGGCAAGGAGAAGAAGGCGCCCAAGACCCAGGCGUUGGGGCCCUACCGCUUCACGCACGCACAGAUGGAGAAGGACGGCAUCAUCGUCGAGAGCAACGUGCCUGAAAACCGCCGCGCCAACAUCUUUUUCAACAUCACCUCGCCCUCGCCCGGCACGUUCAUCAUUGCGCUCCACUACAAGGGCCGCGAGAAGGCGAUCCUCGAGAUGGACCUCAAGCUCGACGACCUGCUCGAAAAGCAGAAGGACGACGUCCAGCUGCUCGACCUCGAGUACGUGCAGCUCAACGUGUCCAAGAUCCUGCAGCUGCUCAACAAGACGUUCACCAAGCGUCGCUGA